UGACUUUUUAUUUUGUUUUAGGUUGUAGCUGUAUACGGGACCUUGUCAGACCUGCUAUCAGUAGCAAGCAAUAAAUUAGGAAUCAAAGCUGCUUCUUUAUACAAUGGAAAGGGUGGUCUCAUAGAUGACAUUGCCCUUAUAAGAGAUGACGACGUGUUGUAUGUGUCAGAAGGAGAUCCAUUCAUUGACCCUCAAAAUGAAUCCAAGGUUACAUCUGAUCAGCAUGGAGCUCACACCGAUUGGCUGACCCUUAAUAUUGGUGGUCGUCCUUUCACCACCACCAGGAGCACCUUGGUCAGCAAGGAGCCAGAGAGUAUGCUUGCUCACAUGUUUCGAGACAAAGAUGUGUGGGGGAACAAGCAGGACAAGCACGGGGCUUACCUGAUCGACCGCAGCCCCGAAUACUUUGAGCCUAUUCUCAACUACUUGCGACACGGUCAGCUCAUCAUCAAUGAAGGCAUAAAUAUACGAGGCGUCCUCGAGGAGGCUCGCUUCUUUGGAAUUGAGCGACUUGCCGAACAGCUGGAAGUAGCACUUAAGAACACACAGCCACCGGAGGACCACUCUCCCAUUUCCCGUAAGGAGUUUGUUCGCUUUCUUCUGGCAACACCCACCAAAUCCGAGCUCCGCUGUCAGGGUCUUAACUUCAGUGGCGCGGAUCUGUCCCGACUUGAUCUGCGCUACAUUAAUUUCAAGAUGGCUAAUCUCAGCCGCUGCAAUCUGACACAUGCCAACCUGUGCUGCUCCAAUCUGGAGCGGGCGGAUCUUUCUGGAGCCAACCUGGAUGGUGCUAACUUACAAGGAGUGAAGAUGCUCUGCUCCAAUGCAGAGGGAGCUUCUCUCAAAGGAUGCAAUUUUGAAGAUCCGUCUGGAUUGAAGGCCAACCUGGAAGGCGCUAACCUGAAGGGGGUUGACAUGGAAGGAAGCCAAAUGCCCGGCAUCAACCUGCGUGUGGCCACUCUGAAAAACGCAACGCUGAAGAACUGUAACCUGCGGGGAGCCACUUUAGCGGGGACGGAUCUCGAGAAUUGUGACCUGUCCGGCUGCGAUCUGCAAGAAGCGAACUUGAGAGGCUCCAAUGUGAAAGGAGCCAUUUUUGAAGAGAUGCUGACCCCUCUGCACAUGUCCCAGAGUGUCAGAUAAGUGUGCACACAGUGCGGACGCUGUGUGUGUGGCCCUCUCCCUCCAGCCUCCUACAGUGUACUUCCAAUCUCUCUUUACCUGUCCUCCGUACAGGUAGUUGUAUGCACAUCCCUGGCAUUCCACCUAUAUUAUGUUAGCUUUAAAUAUCUUGCACUAGGAGUUAUUCAGGGUCGUCUAUGUAUGUUUGUACGGUUUUUAAAUGUUCAGCUGCGUAUAUCACCAAAACAAAAUAAUGUUCCUCGUGUAUGUAGAUGUGUCUGGAUGCAAUCCAAUGGACUAUAAUCAUUUAAUGUUCUACAUAAUGUAUAUUCACUUACUUGACGUGUUAAUGGGAGUCACAAUCAGAUCAUUUGCGUGCAGUCAAGUUCAGAGCACUGAGCUUCACUGGAUGCUGCUGUAGCAGAAACAGAAGGUGGCGUUUACCAAUAACUGUGGUUAUAUAUUCCUCUUUAACUUCAUUUAGCUGGAUGCAACAUAUUCUAAAGGAAGCAAUGCAAGCCAAAGCCAUAACGAUAGCACAGUCUAGCAGCUGUUAGUGCAGCGUGAGACUAUGCGACAGGCUAGUUUUAAACACAGCUUGGGUAUGCAAUACAUGAGGUUUCUCCGUUCCUACUUUUAAAUCUUGUGUUCUUAAGAAAAGCUUUUCCUUGUUUGUGAAUCUACCUCUUUUGUUUUUUUUAAUCCGGUGGGCGAGUGAUCCACAAUUUGCAUGCAUUGGACUGUGGCACUGCUCAUUGUAAUGUUGACGUACGACAUUCAUUAUCCUUCAGUUUCCCAUUCGGAGAAAACUUUGUAACAGAAAAAGCCAUUUUCACGUGUUCAUGUUCCGAUGUAUCGACGUAUAUCACUUAAUCAUGCUUUGAACUUAUUUGCACAAGUAUAUGUUCACUUAUUGUACCUUUUUUUUGCUUAUAAUCUUAUGUAAAAUGCAUUGUUAGAGUAUGAAGGGGUUGUCAAUUGUGUGUGUGUGUGUGUGUCUGUGUGUGUGUGUUCGUCUCUGACUGGUGAAGUUUCUCUAGCUGUAGCUCAAAGCUGCUCUGAUGCAAUACUGUUCGCUCAGUCCAAUGGUAGGUACCCAGCCUGUGAGAAUGAUGAAGGCAAUCAUAUUGUGUAUUUUCAGCGUGAGCGUGAAAAUCAAUGGAAGAGCUUUAGUUAUUUAUUUUUGAAUACAUCUCACUGAAUGCAAUAUGGGGCAAUGGUUGCUUUGUGUUUGAGACGGGGAGCGGUGUAGGUCUCCCUACAUCUAUGAUUAUUGCACUUGACCGUGGAAAUAUAUUUCCAUGAAUGACUGUUAUAAAUAAACUGCUAUGAAGAAGAAGAAAA